AUGCCGGAGUCUAUAUCGGACCCGAAGGGUUACAAUACUGGAAUCGAAACAAUGGAAGUGUAUGUCGAUGUCGUGGAUGUACAGGGGCGCGAGAUCUUCGGAAGCAACAACAAGGAGUCUACGAAAGUCGUUGUACUCUCCACCUCAAUCUCCGGAGUUCAGAUGGAUGCGAAAGAUACGUCAAGAGCUGAUCUUCCAUCACUCCCAGGCUUGUACCAUGGAGCGGAAAAGGGGGGUCCUUACGGAGACGAGAGUCUUCUAUUGGGUUGUUGA